AUAAGUUUUGUUGUGUUUGUUUGCGAUUUUGCGAUUCUUGCGAUGUUUGCGAUUUUUGCGAUGUUUGCGAUUUUGCGAUUAAUCGCAUGAAAUCGCGAUAUGUGAGAAAUCGCAAUCGCGAUACUAAAAUUUGGAAAUCGCCCGUCCCUAUCCUUGACCCACAAACGUUACGUAGGUGAAAAGACACCAUCUCAGAUGGCGACCAAGUGGUCAGUAUGUGGCCGCGCCACCACCGCGCUGCGCUGAUGGACACCGGUGCAACAUCUUGAGUAUCGAGAUCUCCGCCUCGCGCACGUGUUUGGUUAGUUGUUUGUGUGUGUGUGUGCGUGUGUGUGUGUGUUGUGCGCGCGCGUUGUGUGUUUGCAGUGGGACGAUUUAUUUCCCUGGGGCAAGUGUCUUCAGCCUCGAGCCUUCAGCGAUGGGCACUACUGGCAGUGGAGGGGAAAUGGAUCAGGGAUCGGAGGAUGAGGACGAGAAGAGGAAGGCAAAAGGGUGGGUGAAGGGAACACAAGGGGGAGCUGCAGCCAAUGCAAGCCAAUGCAACGGCACGGGCACAAGGCACAGUGCAUUCAGAUAAAAGCCCAAAGGUCGUGCCCCAGCCGGGCAGUGCAGUGCAGCACAGUGUAGGGACCGCAGCACUGCGACACUGCAAGUCGGCGGCAGCGCGGUCCAUAGGCCAGCGCAUCCAGGACUCGACGCCCUCGCCCACUCCGGCACCAUGAUCUCAGUGCACGCGCUGCUGCUGGCGCUGCUGGCCGCCGCGCUCCACGGCCUCCACGGUGUGCGCGCUGGCUACCUCCACGGCCCCGUACCGCUGCCGCUGCACCCGCCCGUCGUGUCCUACGGCUACCACACGGCCGUCGUCUCCAAGCCGCUGGUGCACCCCGUGCCCCUGGCGCCGCCCCUGCACUACCCCUACCACCCCUACCACCCGCUGCCGCCCCCGGUCAUCAUCAAGCCCAUCGCCACGUCCUACCAGAGUUUCCACAAGGUGGACCGCCCCGUGUACCCCAUCCACUACGUGAAGCCUCUGCCGCUGCCGCUCCACCCUGCUCCGCUGCCGCUGCCCCUCCACCCCGCGCCGCUGCACCCCCUGCCGCUGCCCCUCGCCUACAGCCCCCACUACCCGCACUACCUCCACUAGCCGCUGCCGCCGCCACCACCACACGGGCGACACCUGCCACGCCCGCCGCCACGCGCACGCUGGAGGCAGCCGGAGUGUUGACACGAUGAUCGGACCAACCAAAAACAUAAAAAAUAAACCCGCUGCAAGCUCGGCUAUGGCCAGAGAAUAA